AUGAGACACUCUAUUGCAAAUAUCGCCCUUGGCUUGGGCAGUGCCUGUGCCUCUACCCUGCCAGUUCGACUCGAAACUCGAGGAGCUCCGACCUCUCACUUGGCCAAUAUUUACGUGGAGUUCAACCAACUAGCGGAGAGUUCUUUGUCUUUUACCUACGGGCAAUGUAACAGCAAGUCUCUUUCUGAGGCUCACCACACUAUUGCUGUAACCGAAAGCCCAAGUGUCUCGCGGUUAGUUUGGGCCAUUCCUGCCGAUUCUCAAGACAACGGAUGUAUUUCGGCAUGGACGAGAGAUAGUGUGCUUGUUGGGCGCAGUGAGCCUCAAAGACUCCAUCGUGUGAGGCGACGAUCACCUCAGAAGCGAGGAACGGACCCAAUUCUCAUGGACGAAUCCAAUGGCAUCGACACUUUGGGGCCAUGGUUCAACGGUGUUGAUCACCUCGCCAAGACCGGCGUAUCAGCCGUUGAUGCAGAGGCUGCCAAGUCAAAGGAGAUUGCGAUUGUUGGUGCCGGUAUGUCGGGUCUUAUGACCUAUCUGGUACUAUCUCAAUCAGGCAUGACCAACAUCAGCAUCAUCGAGGCCGGCGAGCGUCUUGGUGGUCGAGUUCACACAGAGUACCUCACUGGUGGUCCCUUCGACUACUCUUACCAGGAGAUGGGGCCUAUGCGAUUCCCCUCGACUUACAAAGACCCCGAGACCAACGUGACAAUGAACAUCACAGACCAUCAGCUAGUAUUUCAACUUGCGGAUGAGAUGAACAAGCUUAACAAACACGACAAGAACCUCAGCGUUGACUUCAUUCCUUGGAUCCAGUCUAACCCCAACGGUCUUUCUUACAAAAACGAGUUCAAGCUACCGAGCGGCUUGCCCCCAACCCUCAAGCAAAUUGCAGACAAUGCCUCACUCGGCGUCAGUACGGUUCCUAGCCCAGAGAUCGAAGAUUUCCAGGCCAAGGUUGACAGUUUCAUGCCCGGCUCGAACUUUAGUACCCUGAUGGCUACAAACAUGUUCAAGGCCCACAAACAAUGGCUCGAAACUGGACUCAACGGGCUCGGAGGUGAUCAGUGGUCUGAAUACGCCUUUAUGGUCAACUACCUCAAGGGAAGUCUUAACAGUACUGAUAUGGUUGGUGGCUGGUCCAGUUCAACGUUCUGGGACUCGCUUUACGAGGGCAUGUACUUCCAAGCGGCGAGUUACAAGACCAUUGAUGGCGGUCUGAACAGGCUGCCUCUCUCAUUCCACCCCUUGAUCGACGACAUCACAACCAUGGGCCGUAAGAUUGAGCGUGUUAGGUAUGACGAGACAGCUGAAAAGGUCACACUGCAAUGGCGUAACGAGUACAACGACACGAAUUUCCGAAACUCGACAUUCGACUACGCAGUUGUCGCCGUACCUUUCUCUAUCGUUCGGCGCUGGCGCCUCCCCAAGCUUCCAGCUACCAUCUCCAACGCCAUCAAGGAGCUCAACUACGGAACCGCCUGCAAAGUUGCACUUGAGUUUUCUGAGCGUUUCUGGGAGCACUAUGAAAACCCCAUCUUCGGAGGCUGCAGCACAAACACUGAUAUCCCUGCCAUUGGUAGUAUCUGCUACCCGUCCUAUAACAUGAACGGUACAGGUCCCGCUACCAUCCUGGCCAGUUAUAUCAGCGGCGACAUGGGCGUUCGUCUGGCAAGUAUGACUGAAGAGGAGCAUGUUCAGAUGGUGCUGGAUGCAAUGAUUGAGAUUCAUGGAGAAUCCACCCGGGAUCUCUACACAGGAAAGUAUAACAGGAGAUGCUGGGCGCUUGAUCCUCUCCAGUCAGGAAGCUGGGCUAGUCCAACUGCGGGACAGCACCAGCUGUACAUCCCUGAGUAUUUUAAGACAUAUGACAAGAUGAUCUUCGUUGGCGAGCACACCUCGUACACACAUGCUUGGAUUGCGUCUGCCCUCGAGUCCGGUAUUCGAGGUGCUGUUCAGCUCCUGUUAGAACUCGGUCUUGUUGAUGAGGCAAAGGAAGCAGUUGAGAAGUGGAUGGCAAGGUGGAUUGAAGUGUAA